UCAUGCAUGAGAGGGUGGUGCCAUGGCUGCUGCUGCUGCUGCUGCUUCUGCUGCUGUUGCUGCAGGUUUGAUUCCCGCGGUUGCACAAAGUCAAUGAAGGUGGAUUAUUAUUAUUAUUGUUAAGAAGACGCAGAGAGAAGGAGAGUGUCAUCUCUGCUGUCCUGAGGAAAUCCUGCUUAAACAACCACGGCCCAUGGAAUUAUUUGGAUAUUUUGCCCGUGAAGCUGUGGGGAAACUUUUAUUGGACCAUGUUUUCGCUGCUUGUGGAAGCGUCUCCAUAUCUAUGAAGUAUAUAUCUAUAGUAAUGCUCAUAGGCCAUCUCUUGUUGUUUUGCUCCAGUAUUUACAGCGUAGCUGGUAAUUAUCAGAACCUUGCAUUCUUGUUAAUUUUCCACGAAACGAAGGACAACACGGACGCCGGAUUGCCACGCAAACGCAGAUUUUUUGGCACCUUAUGAAUGCAGCUGUAAUCACGCAGGGGAACCUCGAGUACUUUAAUGGGUCCAUCACGGAGGAGAAAAAAGAGACAAUCAGGCUCCUUUAUGCGUCAAGAUCAGCUGCAGUUUCUGCACAUUGUCUGUUAUGAAUAGAGCGAUCUCCAAUUGAGCCUCUUCACUUUGGAGAUUUUUUCGAUUUUCGAUUAAACAGCUAUUGAAAUUAGGAUGUGCCGCCCUCUCCACUCUUAGCUUGGUGGCUCGAUUGCCUUCUCUUGAUUGACAGAUGAAAUUGACACCCGGGAUGGCACUUAUCACGCGAAGCGUUUCAAUCCACCGCUAAUUGCAGAUAUAGUGCCAUCCUUUCAUUUGAUUGCAUGGGGGACACAUGCCUCCUAUUGCGCGCAAGAGGGGUGAUCGAUCAUAUAGUGUGUGUGUGUUUUUUUUCUUUUUUUUCUUUCUUUUUUUUUCAUCUAAUUGCAUCAAAAUCUCCUUUGUUGCCAGGGUUUAAAUGCAGGAGAAACUGUUAUUCGUUGUUUUGGACCGGAUAUAGUGUGGGUUGGGGCAGAGAUGCGUAAUGUGCAGCGCAAACUCCAUCUUCUCUCCAAAUAGGCAGCGUUCAAGAGCCGAAAAUGUCAAAGUCGGAGGUGAAGAAGGAGUCCGGUGAGUCCAGUCCUUCAGAGGCCGCGUGCCUCUGCUCUCCUCCCGCAGCCAAGAACCAGUGCGCCAGCUGCGGCAUGGAGAUCCACGACCGAUACCUGCUCAAGGUCAAUAAUCUGAACUGGCACUUGUCGUGUUUGGAGUGUUCCGUGUGCAGAGCGUCUCUGCGCCAGCAGAGUAGCUGCUACGUUAAAAACAAAGAAAUCUACUGCAAACUAGAUUACUUCAGGUUUGGCACUAAGUGUGCCCAGUGUGGCCGGCAGGUGUACGCCAGUGACUGGGUGCGGCGAGCUCGGGGCAGCGUCUACCACCUGGCCUGCUUCGCCUGCUACUCCUGUAAGAGGCAGCUGUCCACUGGGGAGGAGUUUGGCCUGGUGGAGAGCAGGGUGCUCUGCCGCAGCCACUACGACAUCAUGCUGGAGAACCUGCGCAGGGCUGCAGAAAACGGCACAGGACUGACUCUGGAAGGAGCGCUGCCCUCGGAUCAGGACUGCCAACCUAAACCUGCCAAGAGGGCGCGGACGUCGUUCACCGCUGAGCAGCUGCAGGUGAUGCAGACUCAGUUUGCUCAGGACAACAACCCGGACGCUCAAACUUUACAGAAGCUGUCUGAAAUAACAGGACUGAGCAGACGAGUCAUACAGGUUUGGUUUCAGAACUGCCGAGCACGACACAAAAAGCAGCCGCCACACCACAGUUUCUCUCAGAGCGCUCAACUGUCCAGGAUGCCGCCGUCGCUGCCAGAAGAUAUUCACUAUUCCCCGUUCGGCAGCCCCGACCGACCACAUCUACUCACCCUGCACGGAUAUCUGGACUCUCAUCCCUUCUCUGUCCUGGCUGCUCCAGGCCACUUGACCCAUCCAUCCAUCUCUUUACCACAGCUCCCCAUCAGCCGCUGAGCUCUCUCUCCAAGUUUCCACCGCUGUGAUCACAUUGUGAUUUUUAAAUAGGGAAUAGCUAAAAACAAUCUUUCGGGACGUACGGCACUGUGCAAAGUCUGCACUGUUUUGAGAGUAGCAGGACCUCGACAAUCUGUUUCCAAUCAGUCGGCUUUUUAGUUGUAACACUGCGAAGCUAAAAUUGUGUUUUAAGGACAGCAGAUUGUGGUUAUGGGAGAAAAUGUGCUGCCUCCAUUUCCAACACAGGAGAUUUUUGUUUUUCGUGAUGUUGAAAAAGAAGACCACUUUUCUUUUUUCUUUUUUUCCUUUCUGUGACUGGACACAAAACACUACAUCAGGUCAGGGUUUGUUUUCCUUUUACACAGCUGAGCAAGGCAUUUUUAAUUUUAUAUUUGCUGCAAAGAAAAUAUUUAAAAAAGGGGGAGUGUUGUAGACGCGUUGCAGUAAAAACCUCAGUACAUUAUGAAUAUUUUUGAGCACAUGUGUCUGUUGUUUGUUGUUGUGUUGUUGUCAGAAAACGGAAACUUAUUUAUUCAGAACAAAACUUCACUUUUUAAAAAAGCACUUUUUAACGUGUCUUGAAAAUGAAUAAUUCAGUGAUUGUACAUUGUAAA